GAGAGCUUACUUACAACUAGCUCGGAGUCAUUUUUCAUUUCAAUUUCACGAUAUGUAAUUUUUUUUAAAUCUGCGGGUGAUCUGUUCGGAAUCAAGGAUCAAAUGAUAAUUACACACGAAUAAGAUGACGUGUGAAAAACUUUUUACCCGCUUAAACGGGAGGAGUCAAUUACACAGGCAAGUUUUAAGCAAUAGAAAACUCGCGAAUAACGCAGUACUUCACUUCCUGCUCGCAGCAUUCUUAUUGAAAGUUGAACAAAUACACUCACAAUCAACAGAAACCCCGUAUCAAAGUUAUUCAAAUGUCAUCGAAAGCUCAACUUCGCCGAAUCAAACAAUCCCUAAUUUUUCACCUUCUGGAUACUUCAAACACACAAUAAUUGAACCUCAUGUUCCUAUCACCAAACAAUAUGCAACCGAAACAACACGUUCUCUGCAAACCAAUUCUGUCGCUUUCAACACAACCAUGAACCGAACCAGAUCACAAGAUAACACGUUUCAGAAAAGUGUUUCAAGUUCGAGAAUUCUCAAUAAUCUGAAAUUGGCUAAAAUAGAUCCACCAGAUUCGUAUCAAAACACAAUUACAAAUAUCAAAUCACUGGAUAUGAUCGAGUCAGGAGAUUCAUUCACUAAACCUCAAAUCAAAAGUGACAAGUGGGUUAAUGAUUCCAGUAACAGUAUCUAUAAUGGGAAUAAAACCGUUUCCGAAUAUGGCACCUCUGAUAAUGGUUCGAUUACCAAUGAACUCGAUAUUCUUGAUGGAUUAGUUGACGAUGAAAAAUCAACACAAGUCAUGAUGAAAAUACCGAAACCUUUACUCGCAAAUUCAACAGAUGAUUUUUGUCGAACAAAUAAUUCUGAAAUCAGUUUUAAUAGAAGUGAUCCCUCAAUUGCAAAAGUGGGAAAUUCAAAUGACUAUGACUUUUGUAAUAAGAGUAAUUCUGAUGUAAGUUUUAAUGGCAGAGAAUCAACCAAAAACGAAUCUAAUGCUGACAAUGAUUUCUGCAAAUCAAAAAGUUUUGCUACACGCCCAAAAGUGAAAAUUGACGGUUUCUUGAUAGACGAAGAAGAAUUGAAACUGGCUGAAAAAAUGACCGAAUGUAUUCCAAAAAAUUUCCAACCCGGUAGAAUGGUCUGCGUUUGUAAUAAAACCUACUGCGAUAAGAUGUUACCUUUACGUCCGUUACCUUCCGGAAAGUUUUCUUGGUAUAGGUCUUCUUCCGAUGGUUACCGGUUUAAUAGACACGAUGGUCAACUUUCCCAACAUACGAAAGAUGUCAAGGAUGCCCUUAAAAUAGACACAACAGUAAAAUUACAAAAAAUCAUGGGCUUUGGAGGAGCGUUCAGUGAUUCCGCGAGUGGAAAUAUUUGGUCGUUGAGUCCAUUAGCUCGAAAACAAUUAAUGCAGUCGUAUUAUGGACCAUUUGGAUUGCAGUAUGUUUUAGGACGAGUUCCCAUCGGUGGAACAGAUUUUUCAUCGAGAUUUUAUACCAAUAUGGAUACUCCCAAAAAAUUCAAGUUGAGUGAACAAGAUCUGAAACAUAAGAUUCCUACCAUUCUAGAGGCAAUGGAAUUGACUCGUGAUAAAUUGAAACUCAUGGCUUGCUCAUGGACAGCUCCCAAAUGGAUGAAAACAAAUUGUAGUCACUACAGUGGCGAACUAAAACGCGAAUAUUGUCAACUGUACGCAGAUUACCUCGUAAUGUUUUUAGACAACUAUGCCAAAAAUAACAUUAAAUUUUGGGCUCUGUCAACUGGAAAUAAACCAAUGGUCGCAUUUAAUUUCACCGAAACUCCUUUCAUAAAUGCGAUGGAAUGGUCGCCAUACAAGCAGAGUAAAUGGGUCACUCGAUAUUUAGUACCAACAUUGAGAAACUCCAGUCAUCAACAUUUGGAACUGAUAAUUGGCGAAGAAAAUAGAGAAAUUAUAGCAUACUUUGUAAAAUGGUUUUUCGAACCACUAGUUGGUGAAAAAUAUCACAAUUUGACCAACGAUAUUGUCAACGAGGCGUAUUUCCACGUAUCAGGAAUAAGUAUCCACGGAUACACAGAUACCAUCAAAAACAACCUUUUUCUAAACCAAAUGGCUGAAUCGUAUCCAGAAAAAUAUCUGCUUUUGGCCGAAACUGCAUGUUACGGGAAACCUCAACUUGGAGCUUGGAACUGCGCUGAACGUUACGCUAUGCAAAUUAUGGAUUAUUUGUAUCAUUCUACAUCGGGAUUCGUUGAUUGGAACUUGGCUCUGGAUCUAGAAGGAGGGCCAAAUUAUCUGAAUAAUUAUCACGAUGCUGCCAUCACAGUCGACUCGAAAAACGACGUAUUCUACAAACAACCGAUGUAUUACGUAAUUGGUCAUUUUUCCAAAUUUAUAGCACCUGAUUCGGUUCGAGUGUACUUGGAGCCAUUCAAUACCACUUUCACAGGAAUUUCGGCAAUCGCUGCUCAGCGUCCUGAUAAUGCGAUUGUCAUUGUGGCUUAUAACAGAAGUCCACAAGUUCAAAAUACAACAUUUUUGAUCGAUAAGAAACACACGUUGUCUUUAAAUCUUUCAGCCAGAUCUAUCAACACGGUGAUAUUUUGGCAAGACUGAAGUAUUAUUAUUCAUUAAUGAAGAAUUAGGUACAUCAAAUUGGCUUGGAUAUACUUAAGUAAUAAAAAAUCAAUAAAAAUUUAAAAAAUCUGAAAAUAUUCUAGGUAGAAAGUUAUAAAAUAAAAGUGAAAUAGAAUCAAA